AUGGAGCAUACUUCUAUCGAUGAGGUACGCGCAUCAAUGAAAGCGUUCAUUGAGUCCGCAGAUGGAAGGACACCCUCCAGGGAUGAUGCCCUUGUCUGGUGUGGUGCCGUGGGGAGCAACGAUUCGACCUCAGAUGAUGUUACCCUGCUUCUCCAAGUAAUACGGAAAAUGUACUCCUCUGUAACUGCUUCAGAGCAGACUACUCAACUUUCUGAACCCUUUCUGCUUGGCUUUCCUCAGGCAGCUGUGUCGAUUAUUUACGAAAGAUUUCCGAAACACGACGCUCUGAUGGCAGAGCUUAUUACUGUCCUUAAUGUGACAGCCACGUCUGUUGCUUCUCUUACCAUAUGUUUAACUACAUCACUGGAGGCGUUACUCCUAAACUUAGUUCUAUCUAAUGUUGACUUUAUUGACACAAUUGCAGGAACGGUUGUCAUGCUAGAUCUUCUCGACUUGCUAGCUAAGCUAUCACACGUGGAGACUGCGCGAAAGAGAGUCUUUUCUGACUCACGAUUUACUCGCUUUAUAAACUAUGUCUCAGCUUCUAUUAUUGAGGAGAUAUCGACAACAAAUACAUUCGUAGAUCUGCUCUUUGAAGAGCAAUCCAAAGAUCCCCAAGACUCCCGUGAUUUGGCUGAUUUCCAAUCUGUGUUUCUGCACAACACAGAUGCACAAUACAAGCUUCUGACAUAUCAACGCUUGUGUGGAUGUGCAUAUGUCGUUUCUCUUUCUUCUGAUAAAGUUGCAAAUAUAAUUGCUAGUACACGCAUCCCGGCGCUUUCUUUUGAACUGGUGAGCAAGAUUAUAGAGAUAUCUUCGCUUGGCGUCAUGCAAGUCAGCAAAGAAUUGGCAGGGCCUUUGCACUCACUGAAUAAAACGCUGGCUGGAGCGCUUGCAGUUGUAAUUUCAUUGCUUCGUUCCAAGCACAAUCUGAAGGUCAUGAGGCACUAUGAUUUUCUCCCUCUCGUGGUCGAACUAUUGAGACUUUAUAGCCAUGAUGAGCACGAGUCGAUCAUAUCUAAUGAAAUCUGUUCGUUUUCAUGUAUGUUGCUAUCGUCGCUUUCUGCUUUUUCCAAGCAAUUUGCAGAAAGAAUGUACCAGAUGCAUGUUCUUUCAUUACUAGUGGACGUCAUUUCAAUCUGUGUUAUAGAUGAACUGGUGGUCGUUUUCCGCUCUGCUAUGUCCUCUCUUGUUGAUCUUUCCAACACACUUCGGGGGACAUUUGGAUUCUCCAGAAUGAAGCCUUUGAUCGAGGAUCUGCAAGCACAUACAGUUCCUCCGUGUACCGAUAUCACUGAUUUAGUUAAUAAGUUAGUAGAUUCCUUCAGUCACUACGUUGAUGAUGAUGAAUCUGUUCUCUAUUUUGCUGAGUUUGUGCAACUAUAUACCUCCGGAUCUGUAGCCUAUGACUUUGUUCGCCAUGCUAUGCUUGCAGCCAAUGUCUCGCAGCUUCUACUCGAUUCUUGUUCAUCUGACAAGCUAGUCAUUGCGGUAAAAACACGGUGCAUGCACGCCCUUGCCAAGUUACUCCGCGUAAAGACUCCAAGUGCAGAUGAACUCUUGGUGCUGAUCCCGAAGGUUCUCUCGUUUACGCCCACUUUCAUGAAGACAUGCGUUAAAAAGGCGGAGGACCCAUAUACAGAUCUGACCAAUGAGCACAGGUCUUCUAUUCCCAUGCGCAACCUCCCGUAUGAGUAUCGCAAAUGUGUAUCUGCUUGCAAAGAAGUCCUUGAAGUUCUUGGGCAUGCUGAGGGAAGGAAUAAGAUUAAGUAUACAAUGUAUAGCAUGUUAUUCACCGGCACCGUCUUCAUGAUCGUCUACGUGAUUGUCCUGCUCUUUCCUAACACGUUCAAGCGCCCAUAUUUUGACCAGUAG